CUUCCUCCAGUCCCGCGGGGAGCGCGAGGGGACGAGCCGAGAGAUGCGACGCGCCGGAGGGGAGGCGUGAACGGCGGCGGCGGCGGGGGGGAACCCGGAGAGGGGAUCCCGGAGCGGGGAGCGGCCGCUUUACGUCUAAGGCAGCGGGCUGGUCUGGAUUCGCGUGCCGCAACCUCUGACGAGAUGUGACAGGAUGCUGCACCAUCACUGCAGAAGGAACCCUGAGCUGCAGGAGGAGCUGCAGAUUCAGGCCGCGGUUGCCGCCGGCGAUGUCCACAUCGUGCGCAAGAUGCUGGAGCAGGGCUACUCCCCCAACAUCCGGGACGCCAACGGCUGGACGUUACUCCACUUCUCGGCCGCCAGGGGCAAGGAGCGAUGUGUCCGCGUCUUUCUGGAGCACGGAGCCGACCCCACGGUGAAGGACCUGAUCGGCGGCUUCACCGCGCUGCACUACGCCGCCAUGCACGGGCGCGCGCGCAUCGCCCGCCUCAUGCUAGAAUCGGAGCAUCGCAGCGACAUCAUCAACGCCAAGAGCAACGACGGCUGGACUCCGCUGCACGUUGCGGCGCAUUACGGCCGCGACUCGUUCGUCCGGCUGCUGCUGGAGUUCAAAGCGGCCGUGGACCCCCUGAGUGACAAGGGCACCACGCCGUUGCAGCUGGCCAUCAUCCGCGAGCGCUCCAGCUGCGUGCGCAUUCUGUUGGACCACAACGCCAACAUCGACAUCCAGAACGGCUUCCUGCUGCGCUACGCCGUCAUCAAGGGCAACCACUCGUACUGCCGCAUGUUCCUGCAGCGCGGCGCGGACACCAACCUGGGCCGGUUGGAGGACGGCCAGACUCCGCUGCACCUCUCGGCGCUCCGCGACGACGUGCUGUGUGCACAGAUGCUCUACGCCUACGGUGCUGACACCAACACCCGCAACUACGAGGGCCAGACCCCCGUCGCCGUGUCCGUCAGCAUGUCCGGCGCCUCUCGGCCCUGCCUCGACUUUCUACAGGAAGUCACCCGACAGCCCCGCUGCCUGCAGGACUUGUGCAGGAUAAAGAUCCGCCACUGCAUAGGCCUUCAGAACCUGAGGCUCCUGGAGGACCUGCCCAUCGCCAAGGUGAUGAAAGACUAUCUCAAGCACAAGCUGGACGGCCUCUAAUCGUAGCGCACGCACCGACGCCACUGCCCCGCUUCUCCGGCUGCAGACUAUGCAAAAGCUUUCUCCUUUGUGUGUUUUUUUAACGCGAGAGCUCAAAGCACAGGUACAAUGUUUUUAUAUAACCUCAUGUCUUAGCUUUUACAUCCAUAAUUACUGGAGGAUUACCUGUGUUAGGUGUCACAUCGAGGCCUGCCUUUCCCUCGGUCUGUCGGGGCGCAAUCAUUUAGACAGAGUGGAAGUUCGGUGAUUGUGAAGGCAGGUAAUGUAACUGGUGAUAGUUUAUUUAAAAAAGCAGGAAAUUUAACCAGUUGGCAGAGUUGUUGCUGAGAAAAUCCAGUACACGACGUUUGUGUUUAACAACUUCUUUGGUUAUUUUUGUUAGUUUUUUUAAACUUCAUCUGCUUGGAAUGGUGAGAUGACUGGACCCUGAUCGCCAGCAGUGAUGCUUUCUAGAAUAUUUUUCACGCAACAAUUUGAAGGACUCCCAUCUGCCUACGAUACACACAGACAGGCCCAGGUGUCGCUCAGAACUCUCACUGAGGAGCUCGGUCCUUAUUAAAACAUGUCCUUAUUAAAACAAGACGUUUCAGAUCUCGGCUAACUUUAAUAGAUUUCCCUUUAGUAUAUGUAUGAAGUUAGUUAAAUUAAAAUAGUAUUUUAUGAACGUGUUGUCCCAUGUGGAGGCCCAUAUGAAGUGUGUUUGUGCCCUCCCCCCCCCCCCCCCCCAACAUCAAUCAUGCCAGUCAUCCCCAGCGGUUCUCAUCCUCUCUGGGUAGCAGAACUGGUGGUAGGUCACAGACGGCAGGGUCAAUCCAGAGGAAGUGGGAGUGGGUCUGCUUCUGUUUACCACGUGGGGUGAGGGGCUGCUGGGCUGCCAUGUUCAGCGGGGCGCGCUCGUCCUUGUCAGGGUCAGAGGAGGACUAGUGAGGCAUCGUGGUCUGGGGGCCCGGUUAAAUGGGUCUCCGCCUCUCGGUCAUGAAGCCCUUUUGGCCCAAAACAUCAAAGCGGCCAGUGGAAAUUUAAAGUAAAAUCAGACUGAGAGACUAGCGCAAGCAAGAGGUCGGGUCGUCUUAAUUAGGUAGAAAAUUUACUUUGAUCUUAACACACUACCAGUUACACCUUUUGUGCAUAUUGCCCUUGGAUUAAGUUAGGGUAGGUAACAAAGCUUUCGAAUUAUUACAGAACUCACCGUGAAACUUGCCGAAAGCGUUCAUGGGCUGGAGAAGAAAAGGUCUUUGUGUACACAUUUCAGAGUUUAGUUCCGAUGUACAGAUAACAGUCGUACUCAGAUUAAAUGUAAAUAUGUACAGCAGAUAUUUUUUUUACGGUAAUUUAAAGGGUAUGAUAUAAAAUUGUAUGGAAAUCUGUCUCGUGCUUCGUUUCUCGUGCUUCUUGUAGCGUCCACCUGGGUCUGAGGUCUGUUAAGGUGAUACCUGUUAUUUCCCAAACCGAGUGGAGUGCUUUGGUUUCUGACGUAGCCCCGAUAAAGAUGCCGAUGUGAGGUGUAAUCCCUGGGUGAUUUCUCCCAAUCAAUUAAACGUUUCCGUAUUCCAAACAGACAUAUUAGUGAUUUGAUACAUGAUCCGAAUUGAUUAUUAUAUCAUGAUUAUUAUUGGUGGUAUUAUUAUUUUUCUUACCUAAGAUGUUUUGCAGCAAUCUGGGAAGGUAAACAUUUUAGAUAGCCUUGGGUUUUCUGAAGGGUCCGUGUUGCGAAGUGUAUGUACAGGGAAGCCAUUUUGUGUUUUGCCCCACUAGCGUAAAUAGUUUAGCAUCUGCUAAACAUGAUGCCUAAGUUGCUUUGUUCUUACAAAUUACUGUUUGGGGUCAGGAAGUAUCCAAAAAUCAGUUUAAAUAUAACGUUGAAAUUAUUAAUGUGACUGGGCAGCAUCGUUUAAGCCAACAUAGCUGGUUUCUACGUAGAUCUUGUAUUAUCGAGACCCAUAGUUAAAAUAUCCUGAAGAUCUUGUAAUGUUGAUAUAGACUUGUUUUCCUAUCAAUAAUGUUAAUAUAAACGAAUCGCUUAAAAAUCUUGUAUUUUUAAGGUAUUAAUAAAAUGUAAUUGAACAUGA